AUGAACCUUCGCUCGCCUCGUCGUCGUCGUCGUCGUCGUGGAAGGAUAGAGAGAGAGUGAGAGAGAGGGGCAGAGAGGGACUGACCGAGAGACUGACCCUUCUUCUGCUCAAUCGUUUCUCACAUCCACAUUCACACUCCUUGGAGCAAUAUACACCUGCUACCUGCUACCUCCUACGAGUGCAACACUCAACGAAAGCCACUUCCGACACGCCGGUCGCUAAGCGGAAGCAGAUCCAGCACCAGAUAUCUCCUACUGUAUCUCACAGUUCGAGCUACCACUCCUCUAGACUGCCCUAGAUCGUGCUGGGUGCGCGUCUUUGGUUGAGCAGAUCUCUAGUAGGUUGUGGUCUCCCUCCCGUCGGGACAAGGCCAGUGCGCCUCUCGUUCCUCUAGCUUCCACGUGAAGCUUUCGUUGGCGCCAUAUAUCAUACCGUUGCCCAGGAACCACUCAGCGUCCGCUCACAGACUCUUACCUCUCCUCCGUCAUGGCAUCUACAAGCACCAAGCUUGGUCAUGGCUUGGCCAAGGUCCUCGGGAUCAAAUUGGAUUACAGGAACGACAGCCCAGCAUCAAAACUGUCACGAGGAGAGUCCGUCUUCUCCGUCGACAGCGCCGAUACGUACGUGGAACACGAACCGACAGCGUUAGAAUGGUUACAAGACAUCACUCCCAGCGGCCGCGACAUUCUCACCUAUCUCCACAACCUGUUUCCCUUCACGAGAUGGAUCCUGCGCUACAACGUCCAAUGGCUUGUCGGAGAUCUGAUUGCUGGCAUCACCGUCGGCGCAGUCGUGGUCCCGCAGAGUAUGGCAUACGCACAAUUGGCUGAGUUGCCAGUCGAGUACGGUCUGUACUCGUCGUUCAUGGGCGUCCUCAUCUAUUGGUUCUUCGCGACCUCGAAGGACAUCACCAUUGGUCCUGUGGCAGUCAUGUCCACCAUCGUCGGCAAUAUCGUAAACCAGGUUGCCAAGAAAGACCCUGACAUCGAAGGCCAUGUCGUAGCAUCCGCCCUUGCUGUCAUUGUCGGCGCGAUUGUCUGCUUUCUCGGUCUUGCACGUCUUGGCUGGCUCGUCGAACUCAUCUCCCUCGCUUCCAUCUCGGCUUUCAUGACUGGCUCUGCCAUCAACAUUGCGGUGGGACAAGUGCCGGCCUUGCUGGGCAUCAGCAGCAAAAUUGUCAACAAUCGCGCGUCGACGUACCUGGUCGUCAUCAACACCCUCAAGCAUCUCGGCUCCACCAAGCUUGACGCAGCUUUGGGUCUCACAGCGCUCCUGAUGCUCUACCUCAUCCGAUCGAGCCUGAACUAUGCCGCGAGGAAGAACCCCAAUCAUAAAAGACUGUACUUCUUCCUCAGCACUCUGCGCACGGCAUUCGUCAUUCUGCUCUACACUCUCAUCAGCUGGCUCAUGAAUAUUCAUCUCAAAGAUCACAACGCAAAGAACUCUUCCAUUGCCCUCUUGGGCUCUGUUCCCCGCGGCUUCAAGCACGCCGCCGUGCCGACCGUGAACAGUCAUAUUAUCAGUCUGUUUGCAAGUGAGCUUCCGGCGUCUGUGAUUGUGCUCCUGAUUGAGCACAUCUCCAUCUCCAAGUCGUUCGGACGUGUCAACAACUACACAAUCGAUCCAUCGCAAGAACUGGUGGCUAUCGGUGUUUCUAACCUGCUUGGACCAUUCUUGGGAGCUUACCCCGCAACUGGGUCCUUCUCUCGCACAGCCAUCAAAUCGAAAGCCGGUGUGCGCACCCCGUUCGCAGGCGUCAUCACUGCGGUCGUCGUGCUGCUUUCUAUCUACGCCUUGCCGGCGGUCUUCUUCUAUAUUCCAAAGGCGGCCCUGAGUGCUGUCAUCAUUCACGCCGUGGGCGACUUGAUCACCCCGCCCAAUACCGUCUACCAAUUCUGGAGAGUCUCGCCGGUGGAGGUGCCAAUCUUCUUUGCUGGUGUGAUUGUCACAAUCUUCACAACCAUCGAGAUUGGCGUCUAUGUGACCAUAUCCUGCUCGGCUGCAGUGCUUAUCUUCAGGCUGUUCAAGGCACAGGGCCGCUUUGUUGGCAAGGUCAAGGUGCAUGACGUGAUUGGCGAUCAAAUCACCGACAAUUCCAGUGACGACAAGAACCCCACGGGCAUUGAUGGUGACGGUAACUCGGGCAAAGUGGGCAGAGAUGUGUUCAUUCCCUUUGGCAACGAAGACGGCUCCAAUCCGGCAAUCCAGGCUCAGCACCCUUACCCAGGCGUCUUUAUUUACAGGUUCUCGGAAGGUUUCAAUUACCCGAAUGCAAACCACUACCUCGACUACUUGACUAAGGUGAUAUUUGCGCAAACACGGCGAACGAACCCUCACAGCUAUGCACGACCUGGAGACCGACCAUGGAACGACCCUGGCCCAAGGCCGGGUAAGGAGGUCGAUGUCAACGACCACAGACCAACGCUGAAGGCUAUCGUUGUCGACUUUUCCUCGGUUAACAACGUGGAUCUGACUUCGAUACAGAAUCUCAUCGACGUACGCAAUCAGCUCGACCGGUACACGGCGCCUGAGCGCGUCCAGUGGCACAUUGCUUGCGUGAACAAUCGCUGGACCAAGCGUGCCCUCGCGAGUGCUGGUUUCGGGUACCCUUCGAUCGAAGGAGAAGGCUCAUUCGAGCGCUGGAAGCCAAUAUUUAGUGUUGCUGAAAUUGGCGGCUCCUCUAGCGCCGCAGCUGCGGGUGACGAGGCAUACAACAAGCUUCACACGUAUACAUCUGCCAAGGAUGUGGAGAGCCACGGACAUGGAGCAAGGGAUGAUUCAUCCAGCGAUAUCCAAACACAGCUUCACAGUUCAUCGGCAUACAAAUCUGGCGCUGGGGUCAAGGUCGCAGUGGUGCAGGGCCUCAACAGGCCGUUCUUCCACAUUGAUGUCACGAGUGCAGUUCAGAGCGCUGUGCACAACAUACAGACAUCAGGAACGAGUGCUGAUUGAUUCAAUGCGAGCUGACGGAAAUCUUGUACAUGUUACCGCGACACAGAGAGAGCGUGUGUGCGAGUGUGUGGUGUGUGUGAGAGAGAGGGAUAAUGAUCAUGAUGACAAUGACGAUGAUACCAGACAUGAAAAAAUACAUUUAGAACACUUACUUCCACAUUUGUAAUGUUCUCC